AUCGGAUAGAGAAGAAAUUAUAACAUUUUGCAUCGAAGAAGUUCUGUUCAAAUCUUUGUUUCCUUGAGCAAUAAAACAUCACUUUCAUCUGUCAGCUCAAAGAUGCAGUGGAGUCUGUAUCUGCUUAUUCUGAUGGGUCAGUGUUGCUUCUUUACAUGCCGCCUGUAUGAGUACCACUUUAUUGCAGAAAACAAGAGCUGGUAUGAAGCACAGAGAUACUGCAGAGAGAAAUAUACAGACCUGGCCAAAGUGUUUGACAUGACAGACAUGAGCAGACUCCGUAACUCCACACAGAAUCAAGGAGAAGCCUGGAUUGGACUGAACAACAACACAGGUGGAAACAGGACGUGGCAUUGGUCUCUGCCAGGAGUGGAAUACAUUCAUAAUGACAGCAGCUGGGAUCUGAAUGGAAGAUAUGGUACUGAAAAGCCUGGAAACUGUGGGAGGAAAAGAUACGAUAACGGAGAUAAAAAGCUGGUAGAUGUUUCAUGUAACCAUACUAUGUGGUUCAUCUGCUAUGAUGAAAAGAAGAAAGACAAUAAAACAUUGUAUUUGAUAAGAACAUCUCAGAACUGGAAAGAGGGUCAGAGCUACUGCAGAUCAAUUUACACUGACUUGGCCAGUGGACUCAAUCAGGUAGAUGGAGAAGAAAUGAAGGACCUGUGUAUCAACUCUACCUUUAGCGCAUGGGUCGGUCUGUUCAGAGACAGCUGGAGGUGGUCAGAUGGGAGUGAUUUCUCUUUCAGAUACUGGGAUAUGGAGUUAUUCAAUGAUGAACAAAGCAACAAGACAUGUGCUAUGACUCUGUUAAACAGAUCAGGAAAAUGGAGCUCUGAUGAAUGUGACAGAGAAAAACCCUUCUUCUGUUAUGAUGAUAAAUUGAUCCUGAUCAAAGAAAACAAGACCUGGGAGGAGGCCUUGGAUUACUGCAGAAAGUAUCACAGGGUACUGGUCUCCAUCACUAACCAUUACCAACAGAGAUGGGCAGAGGUGAGAGCCAAGAAUGCCUCGAGUCCUUUUGUCUGGCUCGGCCUGCGCUACUCCUGCACUCUGGGUCUGUGGUUCUGGGUCAAUGACAAGCUGGUCUGCUAUGAGAAGUGGAGCAAAAAUGGUACGACUGAAGAGUGUGACGUGGCUGUGGGCAUGCAGAGUGGAGGACAGCAUGAGUGGUUCAGUCAGAGAGAAAAUCAGACAUAUAAUUUUUUUUGUUUGAAAUAAGACUUCAUUUAGACUCCAUUACAGGCUUCAUUCUGGAGUGAAUUUCUUUGAUUCUGUAGUUUUCUGCUGUGUGAGUUUUUGGUGAUGAGAAAAUUUAAACUAAAAGAAAAACAAAAUCUAUAGUUUUAACCUGCAGAAUAUUGAUCAAAUCUGAUCUUCACUGAAGUAAAUAUAGUUUUCUCAUUUUCCUCUUGACCAUCUGAUUCAGUGAUGCCAUAAAUACUUACUUUCGUCAUUACUGAUGCAUUUUUGAUUAUUACACUUUGGUUGUUGGAUGUCAGAAACAAAGUUUUGGUUUUUAUAUUUGUUUGUUUCUUUUUGAUCUUUGUGCACCUAUAAAAUGGUCUCAGUAAAAACAUCACUUGCAACAUCACUCUCCCACAGCUUUAACUAUAAAUGCUAUUCGUUAUAUUUAUAUACAAAAGGAUGAAUGAGUUCUUCUAGGUUUCAUUUUAAAUCUCCAACAGUUAUGAUCAUUAUAUAUUUGAUAUUCUGAUAACAGGAAGUGGUGCACAAGCUCAGACUAGAUGAAUGUAAAGGAAUUAAACUGUAAUUUAGGGAUUUUUUUGGAAACUUGU